GGAGAAUAGUUUCUCCUACUCCUACGAUUGGAGAAUAGUUUCUCCUACUCCUACGAUUGAGUCACGCUAGAUUCAAAAGGGAGACCUUUAGCAAGCAGCAUGAGCCAUGGUCACCUCGUAUUCCAUAUCGAUGUGACGAACGGUGCAACCGUCCUUGUUAGUGUGGGCUCCUCACUGGAAGUGGCUGAUUUGGAGCUUGAAGAGCUUCAUCAAGCUGCCAAGAUUCGGCAGCAUACGCCAGAUGUCCAAAGGCUUUUCGAUCAGCAUGGCUUCUCGUUGAAUUCGCUGGGCCGUGAGCUGAAGAAUGCGCUGGAACGUGCUGCACCUCAAGGAUCCGAAGCCUUUGAAAAGCUGCGACGGCUUUGGAGAAAGACCAAGAAGAAGCUUGCAAUUCUUGAAGCAAGCACUCCCACCAGGGCGGGUCCACGAGCUUUUGUCGAUCAAGUUGGCAGCAAUGCGGCCUUGGUGUCGUGGGAAGUCUUGGAACAUUUGACCGAAGGUUUCUUUGAAGUGGUCCUCUUGGGCUAUCAGGAACGCACGGAACGGACCUCGGUGACCCGCUCGGUGCCACGCACCUCGAGUCCGCGCGUGGCCAAGCUGGGGAUGUUUCGGGUAGAAGGAGGCCAUACAGCUCGAAGCUAUCGACUGGGUAAGCUUCAAGCGCUUCGGUGGUAUCGCGUGAGGGUACGAAGCGUGGGGCCUCGAAAAGGAUGGAUCUCUGAGUGGAGCAACGAAGUGGCCUUUAGAACCAUGAGUUUAUCUGCAGCCCGGGAUUCUGGACUUUUGGUCAACUCAAGCAACUUCCUGGUGAAGUCGGAGCGGUUGUUGCGCCACUGCGUUGAUGACAGCACUAUCUUGGAAGCAACUGCGGAGGAGAGGAACAAAAUCCAAGUUGUCAGAGACAUUCUGGGAGCUUCCGGUGCUCAGACGAGUGCUUCGGCUACAAGCAACCUCUUGGGUGCACGCUAUGGUCAGAAAGGUUGGCCGGAUUUCGUGAAGAAUGGAUCUCGAUUCUCUCGUCCAGCCAACCAGCGUGAGCAACGCAUGAGGCGUGUCCGCUUGGCCGUUGCUGCGAUUGAGCUGUAUGGACCAAACUAUCCACUGCAGAACGCCUGGUGUCAAGGUCCAUUUUGCUAUGAAGAGCCUGGAAUGAAACACAUGUCGAAGUUCUCUGAGCAGGAAACUACACGGCUAUGAGAUAGAUGAGUUUUUUCUGUAGUUUUUUAGAAAGCGGAUAGCAGUGCACUUGCAGAGCCAUUGAAUCCGUCGAAUUCAUGUUCCGCUUACUCCGAAAUGCAGAGAA